AUGCCGCUCACCAUCAUCGGCCUCGUGACUGCCAUCUACCUGACCAGCAGAGUCAUGUCCUUUGUAAGGCUUUAUGUCUGCCCGUCGAGAAUCGGACGCUACUUGCACUGCGCUGUCAACGAAACAAGAUCACACGAAGCGACCGUGGGCACUGGCCAACACGGUCGCCAGCUAACCGCCGAGCUGGCUGCGGUUGAGGCCGAGUCGCGACGCGAGUUCCCAGCCCGCGAGUUCUGCCUCCUCUCUAAAAGUGCCGUGCGCCACCAUCCGAGGGCGCCGUCGAUUUCGGUUCCAUCGCCGCCUAUGUCCGCGAUCCGCCCCUGA